GGAAAAGAGAGAGAAGAAGGAGGAAUAUGUUGUAUGAAGCAGAAAGUGUAAUCAGACAAGAACUGAGAGCCUCUUAUCUCAACAAAUACAUGAAACAACGGAUACAGGCUACACAAAGGAUUCGUCAACUCUUCAUCCAAGGAAUUAGCCUCACAUCUUACAUCAACAAAGAGAUGUUCAAGGUUAAGAAUAAUGCAUACCACCAAUCCAACAACUCACAAAUCAACAAUUAUCCUGUUCCUCCUACAAGGCCAGAACGCGGCAACAUUACGGUUAGUGAUUCAAAGUCUGCAAUCAAAAUGGUGGGCUGCGAUGAUGAGUUCAACACCAUAAUGGACAACCUGAGCCAUCAAUCCUCAAAACGAGAAAUUGUCUCAAUUGUGGGAAUGGGUGGCAUCGGUAAAACCACCUUAGCUAGAAAGAUUUAUGAAGAUUCUUCGUUCAUUUCUUGCUUUGAUUGUCGAGCUUGGGUUACUAUCUCACAGGACUAUAAUCCAACACAAGUGUUCCAAUGCCUGCUUCGUUGUCUUGCCCCAGGGGCCAGUCACACCAACGGAGCUAGCAACUACGAAUUGGCUGAGCAAGUAUACAAGCUUCUAAAACAUCGAAGGUAUUUGAUCGUAGUAGAUGAUAUUUGGAAUACAGAUUUCUGGGAUGAUUUAAUGAGAUGUUUUCAGGAUGACAAUAAUGGAAGUCGAUUAUUGUUGCCCACUCAGCAAAAAAAUGUGGCUGAAUAUGCUGAUUUAGGUAAUAAUUUUUGCCAUACCUUGCCUCUUUUGGAUUCAAAUGAAAGUUGGAAUCUUUUUCAGAGCAAGAUGUAUAAGAGAUCAAUAACUCUACUGUCCACUGAAUUUGAAAAAAUUGGUAGAAAGAUAGUAUACAAGUGCAAAGGGUUACCGCUUGCACUUAUUGUGGUUGCUGGACUCCUGUCAAACUCCAACCAAACUAUUCAUGAAUGGGAGCAUAUUGCAAAAUGUGUCCCUGCUUUGAGUUUAGAUCAUUCUAAUCAGCAGGAAGAUUAUAAGGUUUAUGAACAUAUGAUGGUUGAUUUUUGGGUUUCAGAGGGAUUUCUAAAGGUUUUGAGGUCUGGUGAGAGCUUGGAUGGUGUGGCAAGGAGGAACUUUCAAGAUCUUGUGGAUAGAAAACUUCUAAUUUGUGGAGAGACAAAUGAGAGAUCCUAUCAGAUGCAUGAUGUCUUGCGUGAAUUGACUUUGAGAGAAGCCCAAAAAGAAAAUCUCUUAUGUUUCAAGAAGGGUUAUGAUAUAAUUAGUUUGAGGUGGAAGAGAAAUCAAUCAAUAAACUCUUCCCAUAUAUCUCAACCAUGGAGCAUCCAAUCAAGAAUUUGCAGGUACAGCAGUAUAACUCCUACUACCAACACUUCUUCACUGAUUGAACAGUAUGGUUUUCGCAGGACUUCAAGACGGGUGGGGGUGCAUGCACAUUUUAAGGGCAUUGGAUGUAUUUAG